AUGAGCGGCCUUUCCGAGAGCGACUCGGCUCAGCUGCAGGCUCAGCUCCGCCACGCCAUUGUCGCAUGCAAUGAACGGUGCCUGUACCAAUCAUCCAAAUGGGCGGCCGAGCUUCUCACUUCUUUCGAGUCAACCGACCUAACCUAUGGCUCAGAUACGGAGGCUGAUUCUCCCGUCGACGAAGAAUCCCCUUCGAAGAAAGAUCCGUUCCUUUUGGAUCCCGUCGAGUCGUCGCUGGAAUCCAAAGAACUGCACAAGUUCCUUCUUGCAAAGUCGUUCUUCGACUGUCGCGAGUAUGACCGUUGCGCCGCCGUCUUCAUACCCGCAUCUGCAUCCGGCGCGCCCACUCCGGCCCCGCCCGCACCUCCACCACCCAAACCGAAGUCCGGCCACAAGGGGAAAUCAAAGGCGAAGGUCUCCGAGGAUGCACAGCCAACCACGGUCUCACUGUCUGGCAUCAGUCAGAAGUCGUUGUUCCUGGCUCUCUACGCGAAAUACAUGGCGGGCGAGAAGCGCAAGGAUGAGGAUAGUGAAAUGAUACUCGGACCGGCCGAUGGCGGUGCGACGAUCAACAAGGAGCUCAACGGCAUCUCGAGAAUAUUGGAGGAGUGGUUCAACGGGCGCAGUGCCGACGGCAAGGAGAGCUCGGGCUGGUUGGAAUACCUAUACGGCAUUGUCAUGGCCAAAAGCAAGAACGACGAGCUGGCGAAGCAGUGGCUCCUGAAAAGUUUGCACCUGUACUCGUACAACUGGGGCGCAUGGCAAGAGCUGUCAUCUUUGAUCGGCUCAGCGGAGGAACUGAGCCUGAUUACAGAGCAAUUGCCCCGAAACCUCAUGACCUUCCUCUUCCACAUCUACACCAGCCAGGAGCUCUACCAAUCUACCGAGCAGAUCCACAACGAACUCACCCAAGUCCAGACCAUCUUCCCUAACAGCGCAUUCCUCAAAACACAACGAGCAUUACUUUACUACCAUUCGAAGGAUUUCGAGGAAGCCGAGUCCAUAUUUUCCUCCCUGCUCAUCACCGACCCCUACCGACUUGACGCCCUCGACAACUACUCCAACAUCCUCUACGUCAUGGCUCUCCGUCCAAAACUAGCCUUCGUCGCCCAGCUAGCCACGGCCAACGACAAGUUCCGACCAGAGACAUGCUGCGUGGUGGGCAACUACUACUCGCUCAAGUCGGAACACGAAAAGGCUGUCAUGUACUUUCGCCGCGCGCUCACACUGGAUCGCAACUUCCUAUCCGCGUGGACGCUGAUGGGCCACGAGUACGUCGAGAUGAAGAACACGCACGCAGCCAUCGAAUCAUACCGCCGCGCCGUUGACGUCAAUCGCAAAGACUACCGCGCAUGGUACGGCCUUGGGCAGACGUACGAGAUGCUAGAGAUGUACAGCUACGCCCUGUUCUAUUUCCAGCGGGCGGCGAGUCUCCGGCCUUACGACCCCAAGAUGUGGCAGGCUGUGGGCAAAUGCUUCGCAGAAGUGGGCAAGAUAGCCAACGGGAUCCGUGCCUACAAGCGCGCGCUCGUUGCAGGCAGCUACUACGACGGCGGAAGCGGCAGCUUUGGCGGGAACCCGGGCGAGGCCGGCGCGCUGGCAUCGGGCAUUCUUGAUCCUGAGACACUGUACCAGAUUGCGUUGCUGUACGAGCGUCUCGAUGACCGCGAGGAGUGCGCCGCCUACAUGGAGCUGUGUUUGGCGCAGGAAGAAGGGCCGGAACCGGACCCCGAUGAGCCGAAUGGUUCGGGAAGCCCGGGCGAUAGCGAGAGCCUGGGGGUCGGUGUCACACCGACGACGAGUAAGGCGAGGAUGUGGCUGGCGAGAUGGGCCUUCUUCAAUAAGGAUUACCAACGCGCGAUGGAGCUAGCGAACGAGCUAUGUCAGGACGGGGUUGACGUGGAAGAUGCAAAGGCGUUGGUGAGAGAUGUGAGAGCGAGGAUCGAAAGGGAGAGAGGAAAGGGUUGA